AUUUGUACUGCAGGCCAAAAAUGCCUCAUGAAAAAGGGCCGAGGUUGGGCAGUAAUCACGUGCAGCAGCUGAAAUGCCACUCGACAGCGGCCAGGCAGCCGCACAAACUGGAAAGCGUUUCUUGCUUUCGCAACAAACCGCCACGAUAAUCAAGCAGCCAAAAUGACGACGCAUUUGCUAUCCGCGUCCUUUGGACCCGGGAAUCGGGGCCAGCAGGUGGGGCAGAACUACGGGACGAUAAACACAAAAAUCCACCUCCCGCCCGAACGACCGGAAACCCCGCCGCAGCCGUUCGCGACCAUCCCCUUCUCCCGCGACCCCGAUUUCGUCGACCGCGGCGACAUUCUCGACCAGCUCCGCCAGCGAUGCUCCGAACCGGCCGGUCGUGUGGCUCUGGUCGGCCUCGGCGGCAUUGGCAAAUCGCAAUUGGCUAUCGAAUUCGCCCACCGGACCGCCGAGGAAGCAACCGAGAGAUGGAUCUUUUGGAUCCACGCUGGUACACAGGCCCGCGUCGAAGAAGGCUUCCGGACCAUUGCCGACGCCGUCAAGCUGCCCGGUCGGAACCAGCCCAAGGCCGACAUACCGCAGCUUGUGUACAGCUGGCUAUCCAACGAGCGGAACGGCCGGUGGACCAUCAUCGUUGACAGCGCCGACGACAGAGACGUGUUUUACGCGGCGAGGGACGGUCGCGAAGGGAAGCCGCUGGCGAGCUAUUUCCCACAAAGCCGAAACGGAUCUAUCGUCGUCACAACGCGCAACCGGGACCUGGCAUAUAGGCUUACAGGGAACCCCAAAAACAUCAUCGAGGUUGGGCCGAUGGUGCUGGCCGAUGCUUUUCUUCUUCUGGAGAAGAAACUAGGCCCAUUUUCUAAUGUGGCCACAGCCGAAGACCUGGUACAAGCGCUCGACCUUGUCCCUCUUGCCAUCAGCCAGGCGGCGGCGUACAUCCAGGCAAGAUCGCCGAUGAGCUCGGUCGAAAAGUAUUUGGCCGAGUUUCGCAAAGGCGAACGCAAGCGGGCUCAGCUUUUGUGGCACGACGCGGGCGACCUGCGGCGGGAUGGUGGGGCAUCAAACACCAUCCUUACAACUUGGCGGAUCUCGUUCGAACAUAUCCGUUCGCGGAGACAUUCUGCAGCCGACCUUCUGGCACUUAUGAGCUUUUUCGAUCGACAGGGCAUCGCUUUGUCGCUUUUGAAGCCCGUUAAUGCCGAAUGUAUCCAGCAGGACUCAGGAUCCGAAUUCGACAGCGGCGGCGACGAGGCAGAUGACGGCUUUCAAGACGAUGUGGCCAUUUUGCGAGACUUUUGUCUUGUAGCCACAAAUGAGGACGGGAGUGCAUUGGGAAUGCACGGGCUUGUGCAGCUGUCGACGCGGAAAUGGCUAGAGGCGGACGGGCUGCAAGACAAAUUCAGGAAUCAGUUUGUUGAGCGGAUGGCGGCGGCGUUCCCUACGGGGGAGUACAGCAACUGGGCGACGUGCCAGCAGCUUUUUGCACAUGUCGAAGCGGCCGCACACCAUGGACCAGGCGAAAAAAGGAUGGAGGAAUGGGCAAAUCUUUUGCAUAAUGGCGGAUGGUAUGCAUGGUCGCAAGGUAAAUACAAAGUGGCAGAACGGAUGGCGGCCAAAGCGCAAAAAGGCCGCAAAAAGGUGCUGGGGGAGGAGCAUCCCUCGACGCUGGCCAGCAUGGGCAUCGUGGCGUCGACAUACAGGAACCAGGGCCGGUGGAAGGAGGCCGAAUCGCUGGGGGUGCAAGUGAUGGAAACGAGAAAACGGGUGCUGGGAGAGGAGCAUCCCAAUACGCUGACCAGCAUGAAUAACCUCGCUUUCACUUGGAAGGAUCAAAGCCGGCAUGCAGAUGCCCUGGCACUGAUGAAGGACUUCACGCAGGCUCAGCAGCAGGUCCUUGGCCCAGAGCACCCGCACACUGUUUCGUCUUUGUCUGCGGUAUUUUGUUGGAGUAGCUAGGAUGAAUAUAAAGUAGUUAAUUCCAGAUUCCAAACAUUUGCUUAUAAUAAUGACAUGGGCAGUCCUGACCUAUAUGGC